CUCUGGUGUCUGGAUCCUUCUUUCGACACGUUUCUCUCACAUCUUACUCUACCUUCUUAUAAAUACCCUUUCGCAAACUUAUGUACAGUUUCUCUUCCCUUUGAUACGGGUUUUAUUGUGGAGAAGCCAGCCCCACUGCCUUUCUCAACAAACAACCAACAGAACACAUUCCUAUUUCUAUCCUUCGAUUCAUAGAACAAGAGAUCUCAAAAAUAAUACCUUUCUUUUUCGCCUACACAAACUUUUUCUCUUUCUUUUUUAUACAAAAGAGAAGAGGUACUGACACGCCGAGAGAAACCUAGACACUUCCAUUUGUACUAUAAUCCUUCCUUUCUUUCCAUUAAGAUUUUUCAUUUUUUUUUUAAUCUCAAAAUUGUCUACUUUCUGUCCUACUUCACAAAAAUUUUGAAACCCAUAAUUUAUCUUUCACGAUUUAACUUAAUUUGAUGACAACUUUAAUUAUUAAUGUUUCUAUUAAUGGCUUCUUUCUCUUAUAUGGGUUCACUUAUUAGUUUCCUUUCUUCAAACAAUUAUUUAGUUGUACAAGGCUACAAGCAGUUUUUGGGUUUUGAAAAUUGAAAUUAGGGGUUUUAAGCAGUGGAUGAUUUGUUUGUCAUAUUUUUUGUUGCUUAAUUUAUCUAGGGUUUGGUGGGAUCGUACUAGAAUAAACCCUAAUUGUGGUUUUUAUACUAUUCGGUUUUAAUCAUUAGAAGAAGAAUACACGGUGUAUAUAGAAACUGAGGAUUGGAUUAUAUAGCUUCUAUUUAGAAUAGUUUAUGUAAGUUACAUUUAUUGAGAUUAAAGUCUUCUCAUUCAAUUUGCGAAGGGUAAUUUCAGAACUGCUGUCUAGAGGCUGAACUUUAAUAUGCAAAAAAGGGAUUUUUGAGAAUUGCUUUUGAACACAAACCGUGUGGAAGCUUGACAUAUAACUAGAUGGUGAUAAGGAAGUGAAGAAAUCUUCAUGAAAAGGUUAAGAUUGUGGUGAUGAUCCCUUUUGGCCUCGUAGUAAUCACAGGAAGGAUCAGAUUUUGUUGGAACUUCUGCAUUUGUUGACAGAUCAUUACAGUUGAAACUUUGAUUAUUUGGCUGCAUUGAAGUUAGUUCAGUGUUUAUAACAGUAGAGUUGCUCUUCCAAGCCUUGUAUCAGGAUUCUUUUGUCUGGAAGGUGAUUUUGUGUGAUCAUGAAGUGUUUUUCAAGCUGGAAAUGAUUGUGAGGAUAUGGUGCAUGGACAGGGGCAUAGGUUAUUUUCUGUUCCUUUGUUGGAACAAAGGCAUAGAAAACUAGGAGAAACCUUUCAAUUGGUAAAACGAUUCUGCUUUGCUGUUUUACGGAUCACGUGCAAUGUCUCGCUGCUUUCCAUUCCCGCCUCCUGGAUAUGAAAAGAGUGUUAGAGUUGAAGAUACAAACUUACUAGAAAAGGAAAAACACAAGGAGAAAAAACAUAAGAAGGAUAAGAAGGACAAGGAAAAGCAAGAAGGCAAAGAAAGAAAGAACAAAGAUAAAGAGAGAAGUAAAGAAAAACAUGGUGUUAAAAAAGACCGAAAGGAGAGGCACAAAGAGAAGAAGGACAGGGAUAAGGAUAAAGACAAGAACCAGAGCUCAGAUGCAAAGAGAGUUGAAGAGCAGCCAGAGUGCUACCAUGAAGAGAAGCUUGGUCCAAACAGCCUGCAGAAUAAUGGGAUCAAGAAUUCUAAACAUGUGCAAGAUUUGGCAAAGAGAAUCAGGGUUGAAGAUAAAGCAACAGGAAGCCAAAUUGUUCAGAAGCUUACUGUUACAGAUCAAAGAAGAGUGGAACUGCCAGGAAGGAUUCUGGAGUGUAAUACUGACAAAUUGGAAGAGAAAGCAAAGGAUAAGAAAGAAGUUGAUAAGAAAAUCAAUGGGCAAUGGAACCAUGUUGAGGCCAGAGGUUUGGGAAAUUUGGUUGCUCAAGGAUUCUCUGGUAUUGAUGAAAAAAUAUUUAAAGGAAUCACUAAACCAGUGGAGAAGAAUGAUAUUGAGAAGAAUAGGCACAAGGAAAGUGAUCAUAAGGGUGAUAAACAGAAGGAUAGAGAUAAAGAGAAGAAAAACAGAUCAAACGACAAAAGCUGGGAUAAGGAUAAGGAAAGGAAAAAAGAGGAGAAAGUGAAGGAGAUGGUUGAGCCAAUUAAAGACCAGCUUAAAUUAAAAGACAACUCAAAAUUGAAAGACAAUGGCAAGGGCCUCCCGAGUUCUCGCAAUAUUAGAUCACUAGAUGUUUCUAAGGCUAGCAGCAACAAUUCUUCUGGUGAGGUCAGUGUUGGCAAACGUAAGGAGCCUGAGAUUAAUGGACUUUCACAUGACAACAGAAUUCGAUCUAAUAAGUUGCCAAGACUUGUCUCAUCUUCUCACCUAAUCACAGAAAAUGGAAGGAAAAUAGAACCGAGCCAAACUGCUAUCCACUUUGCAUCUGAGUUUCAUGGGGCAGUUGGUUAUCAUAAAGUGGAUGCCAAGGAACACAAUAUAAAUGGUUUUAGGAAAGUUCAAGAUUCAAUUGUAUGCUCAACUAAGCCUUUGUCAACUAUUGAUCAAAGUAGUGAGAAUUGUGAAGCAUCUGCCAAACCACCACACCCUGAUUCUGAGUAUCUGAAUCAGAUUCUUUCAACUAUGCCCAGAGGUGUUCCCAAAGUGGAAGAUUGGUCUGAUUUUGAUGACAGAGAAUGGCUGUUUUCCAGCAAUAGUGUACAGUCAAAGAAGCCUAAAGUGGGUUCUCCUGGGGGUGAUGGGAUACAGCAAGUGUGGGCAGAAGUUCUGCCCAUAGAGUCUGCUGGUGUAACAGCUCUGCCAUAUGUCAUCCCGUUCUAAUGGACAACCUCAAUUCCCCUUCUAUCAUCACUAAUUUGCCUGUUACCCUGAAGUAUAAACAGAACUUUUCAUGAAGGAUUUUGUAAGAGGAGUUUUCAUCUUUUCAGGACCGUUAAAAGAGGGGUUUUUAGAGGUUUGCACGUGUAAGAACCCUGUUAAGGUGUUAUUGGAAAGAGAAGGAUUUGUUGACUGAGAACUGAGAGAUGGUUAGGUGUCAAUUUUUGUUAGCAUAGAGGCUUAAGUUGGACACAAAUUUUAUACAAAUGAGAAUCAUAGAGACAGAAAUUCAACCCUUUUGGCAGUUUUGAAUUGUUUGAUGUAAAGAUGAUACGCAUAAAAUUUAUAUUAGAGAGCGAGAAUGGAAAGAGGCAUUAAUAUUCAUUCAA